GACUUCCUUCUAGCUUCGUCGUUGGAUGGUUUCUCGCUACUUCUAGGUGACACGUAACUAAAAUUAAAAGGUACCAUGUUGGCGUUGCCAGGAUUGCCCAAGGCAAUGCAUUUUUAAGAACGUUUGUUCUAGCCGGCGCGUUGCAUUUCGAAAUACCUUGUGUCUCUUUCUCCGUGUUUGUUUUAGGGCCGCUGACAAGUGUGAAAUUUCUGAAAUCUUCGAUUUGAGUUUUUACCUACUUUUCAGCAGGAGGGACAGACUUGGCUGCAUAGUUUUGGGCAGAACUGUAAACUCGGUCACAAGCGAUUUCAGUUAUAUAUGUAUCUUUUUUUUUACCCCAACAUUUAUUCGUUUCUUUUACUCUCACAGUUUCGUGACUGGCGUGAAGCAAUGCUCUGGAGAAGGUGAAGUUGCAGAACACUUUGUAUAAAAGAAGGAAAGCAGGAAAAAAAAAAGUUUGUAUUGCUACACUGUAGGGCGACUCGCCUUAAGUCAGCCGGUCCGCACUGGCUAGCGGGGUGGAGGCGCGAGUGAACAUGGGGAGCGGAGUGUGUUCGCGGAGACAGAAGCGGAUCUUUCAGUCCCUGGUGUUGGUCACCCUGGUCUGCGGGACCGUGUACGCGGGCAUGAUAUCGUACGAAAUGCACAAGCAGUUGAAGAGGACCGAGGCGAUGGCGGUGAAAUAUCUGCAGCAUCAAGAGUCCCUCUCGGCGCAGCUUCAAGUGGUUUAUGAACACCGGUCCAGACUGGAGAAAUCCCUGCAGAAGGAGAGGCUCGAGCACAAGAAGUCCAAGGAAGAUUACCAGGUCUACAAACUGGAAUCACAACAGUCGCUGAACAAGGAGAAGCAAGAAUACGGCAACCGGUUUAAUGCUCUGCACGUGCAGCACCAGCUGUUGAAGAACCAGCACGAUGACCUGAAGAAGCAGUUCUACGACCUGCAGGAGCAGCACCAGAACCGGGAGGAGGAGCACAGUCGGGUGGUGGACGAGCACCGCGACCAGAUCCAGCGGGUCCAGCAGACCAAGGAGGAGGAGAUCUCCCGCUUCAAAGAGAACUUGUACAACCUGCGGGAGGAGAACAGGCAGCUGAGGAAGGCCCAUCUGGACGUGCACUCCCAGCUGCUGGACGUGCGGCAACAGCACAAAGACCUGAAGACGUCCCACGACCAGCUCUCACUGACCCUGCAGGACCACCGGAAUGCACUGGCCGUGGCCCAGGUGCAAGUGGAGGAGCUGAAGAAUCUGAAGGAGAACCUGAAAAGGAGGCCCGUUUUAAACCAGCCCCUGAGUCCGAACCGCACCCCGGCCCCGGCCCCGCGCCAGGCCGCCGCCCACGAGGAGGAGCCACGUCACGAGGACGAGCCGCGGGUAGAUCUUCAGGAAGAGGAGGAAGAACAGAACAACCAGCCUCAGCCUGAGAUAUCCCAGAAUGCAGUGCAAACUGAGGUGGAGGUGCACAGGGACGAAGGAGGGGCCCAGGAGGAGGAGCAUGAGCAGGAGGAGCACGUGCAGCAGCCCGUGGGGGAGGUGCCGAAGGAGCAGGAGGCGCAGGCCCCGGCGCAGAGGGUGAAGUCGCCGUACGAGCAGCAGCAGGAGCAGCAGCGGCUGGCCGCUCAGCUGGCCGAGGAGCGCCAGCAGCUCCAGCUCCGCCAGGAGGCGCUGCAGCAGCGGCUCCUGCGCGGGCAGCAGGAGAGGGAGCAGCGCCUCCAGCAGGAGGAGCGGGACCGCGGCGUGCGGGAGCGGCAGGAGCGGGAGCGGCGGCUGCGGGAGGAGCAGGAGCGGGCGCAGCUCCUGCGGGAGCAGCAGGAGCAGGAGCAGCAGCUCCAGGAGCAGCAGGAGACAGAGCAGCACCAACACGACCUUCAGGAGAGGGAGCAGCACCGGCAGGAGCAGGAGCAGAGGGACAUCCAGGAGCAGAGAGAGGCCGCUCUCCAGGAACACAGACUCAGGCAUAGGAGUCAGUAUGACAACAUCGAUGCCGACAAUGCUGAGGGUGAGGAGGUUCCUCAGAACGAGGGAGAUGAAGUUGCAGAGAGGAUGACCCACUCGCACCCUGAGGAAGAAGAGCAUGACGAAGGGGCCCAGCCGCAGCACGAAGGGGAGGAGGGGGACCUGAACCCGGAGGACGACCCCAAUAACCAGGGGGAGGACGAGUUCGAGGAGGCGGCGGGGCACCGGGGGGAGGCGGCGGCGGCGGCGGCGGCGGCCCCAAACCGCCCUGCCACCGACGAGCAGCUGGUGAUGGCUGGAAAUCCAGACCAACAAGAGGAUGAGCAGUAUGAGGAAGAGGAGGAGGAAGAGGUCCCGGACGACCUGCCGGACGGCCAGCACAGGGAGGAGGAAGAGGAGGAGAACGAAGAGGACCCGUACAACGAGGAGAACGGGGAGCCCGUGGAGAUGAACGGGCAGAAAGAGGCGGGACGGCAGGACAAAGCGCCCCGGGGCGAGGCGAAAGCCAACGCAGUGGGGAACUACGAGGAGGACGAGGAGGACGUGGUGGAGGAGGGCGGGGCCAGGGACACCCGGCCCAAUCGGAGAGCGGAGAUGUGAGGCGUUGCCAGGGAGACGUAGUGCCUUUUGCCAGGACACACCCAGCCCCUUCACGUUGGCCUUCAAAGCUUCUUAUUUUUUAAUUAUUAUUAUUAUUAUUAUUAAUAUUAUAUUUUUUCUUUUUUUUUUCUAAAUAAAUGUUUUGAGUAUUCUGUGUGAGUCGAAUGAAUGAAUCCUCUGGAAGGCGGAGAUGUUGAAAUCCGUUGAGGGCCAGACUCUUAUCCGUCCUCAAGGGGAAGAGAUGACCCUUGACCUCACCGACAGACAUGUGACACACGGGGGUUCACACACACCGUCUGUCUGCGUGUCUGUCUGCCCGUCCUUCCGAAGGGACCUCCCGUGAGAAGAGACUGAUUCGAUGGAGACGUAAAGUCACGGAUGAUUUUUUUAAAAAGAUAAAGCAUGGGCGGACGUGACUGUUUUAUUCAUGCAUUUGUGUGAAAGGGUCCCCCUUUAAAAGUCUUCCGUAGGCGUGUGUUCGAUACAGGAGACCCAGAGGAUUUAAAACUUUUAAAAAGCGUCUGAAGCGGCUGAGACUUCCCAGACCCUCAACCACCCCGCACCCUUGAAGAGCUGAACUUGUAGCUGCUGAGCAGAUGCUGCCCCGGCUGGUCACCUGACCACAGCGCACCUGCGCACCUGUUCCGCCUGCCUUCACACAGGCAGAGCCGCGUGAUUCUCUUCAGGCCUGCCGCACGCGGUACCAUUUCCUGCCGCCGCCGCGGUAGCACUUCCUGCCCGCGCUGCGGGGGGGGGGCCCUGGCAGCCGAAUGUUGUCCUCUGCUGCUUGGGUUCGGCCUUUCUGCAGGAGACAAACGGCCAGAGACUGCACCGCUGAGAGCUGAUUACAGAAAGCGUGGCCGUGCUUCGCCUUCCUCAUCCGACGGACCGCAGAGCGCCGCUGAGCCGCAGAGACCGUCUGUGUGGCGGCUGCGUAUCUGCGCUGCCUUCGGGUGAAAGAAGAGCAGGUUUUUAGAGAAUGUUUUUUUUUUUUUUUUAAUUCUUAAGUCAGUGUUCUAGAACGCCAUUGCUUUUAAUGACCAGCAGUGAUUGUGACAUCAGCGUUAGAAUGUUCAGUGAAGAGCGUCUUUUGGCUAAUGCUGGGGUCUUGCAGGCUUAAUCAGGUAUAAUCACCACCCCGGAGGGAUUUUUUUGGUGAAUCCAGUCCCUCCUCGAAAAUAAUUACUUGCAUCCAUCUGCUCAGAGCUGGGAUUAGAAGACUCCGCAGCACUUGCCCACUCUUUCCUUAACUCUCACUGCCACGGUGUCACUGAGCUGUUGUAGCAACAUAAUGCCUUUCCAAAAAACAAAAAAUGUCUUCAGACUUGGCAGGAUUCAACUUAUGUCACGAUAACAUAUGUAAAUAUCAAGAGCAUCCCAACUGCCUGAAGGAAGACAUUAGCCACCCACCUACAGCAUGUUGAAAGUUUCUGACUUGAAGUAUUAAAUGCAAGACAAACCUGCUGUAUUUAUGAACAUUUGUUACACACACCAGUGUUCAGAGCUGUGUGCUAUGGAUGCUGUCAUCUGGUUGUGUAAUUUAAUGUAAAUAUAUUUUAAUAAGAGUUAAUACUGAGUGCAGAGAUUGAUGGGAAAAUAAAAUCCUGCCAAGUCCCUAUAAAAAGUCUUUAUACUUGUAUUUUCAAAAAAAAAAAAAAAGAACUAUAUUCCUGAUGUUUUAUGUGUCUUCCUUUAACAUGUGCUGCCCUUUUAUAAGGCAUACCUGAAUGAAUGUUAUCUGGCGCCACCAACUCUGGUGAAUCUGGAAAAGACAUUCUGUUUUCCUUGAGUGUGAACAGUACUGUUAGAAAUGACCACGGAGUGCGAAUGUGUGCAGUGUUGGGUGUAGCUACGGGGAGAUUUGUGUCACGUUUCGAGCCACUGACUUGAAACCAUUGGCUGCAAGACUUUGCUCUCUGCAGGGAAACACUGUGAAAUAGUUUGAGUCAGCGUGUCACUGGUAAAACCUGACGGUUCACCUAAUUUGGGAUACCUGAAUCCGCGGUCUCCCAUUGCUGAUCAUGGGUACCAUUAAGUGUGUCAUCUGGAAGAUUUAUGUUUUUAAUACUAUCUUUUGUUCUUUCUUUAAACGAGGGACACUGUUGCAGUAUGAAUCUAUGCACCUGUACAUUAUGGGCAAUAUCUGAAACUUUCAUUUUUAGUGGGUAUCAUAAUUCAGUGGUCUUGUGUGCUGUUGUAUAUUCUGUGUCAGUGGAAGAUUUUUUCAGAUCAACUAUGCAACGAAAUUGAUCAAUCAAUCAUCCAAUCAAUUGCUUAUUUACUGCUGUAAAAUAUACAGAUAUAAAUAUACACAUUUUGUACAUAUGUUUCCAGCAACUGGGGAAAAAUUGCUGUUUGAUUUUUUAAAAGCUUGUAUGUGAAGAUGAAUGGAUGGUGAAAUAAAAUUGGUCUUUGUGCUACCG